AUGUUAGCAACAACAGCACCAAACUCGUUAGUCAUGAACCCAACUUCAAUGUUAGUAGAGAUGAAAAGCUUCAUUCCUUCUUCAUAUACUUUCGAAACAGAAAUCCAGAAGAUAAAGCAAGAACUUCUCCAAGGAGUUUUAGACUGUAGUGCAAAAGAUGAAACAAAUGAAGAAUAUCUUUAUGAAAUGCAGGAUAUUAUUGACCAUCUACCUAAACUUCCUGAAAUACAACAACAAAAGCUUACUAUUCCAGAAUUCGAUGAAAUAGAAGUCAAAGCAACUGACUCAGUAGAAACCAAGAAGUUCAUACGUAAGGUAAACUAUGAGUUUCUUGGAUUUCAUUGCAACCACAAAGUCAUGGACAAAGACUGCGAUAUGGUAUAUAAGAACAUCUCUGACAUAUACAAAUCUGAAGAAUUUAAGACCUACGACAACU